AUGAAAUUUUUUAUUAUAAGUAUUUUAUUUAUUGUUAUAUUAAAUAUUUACUGUCAACAAGUUGAAGAUAUUGUACAAUGUAAUGAUAUUGAUAUUAAUCAUGAAAAACUAGAACAAAUGACUAUCAAAGAACAAGAACAAUUUGUUAAAUCAAUAUUAGAUGAAUAUGAUACAAAUAUAACAAGUCUUGCUUAUAUAACAUCAUUAGCUGAAUUUCAAACACAUUUAUAUUUGAAUGAUUCAAGUAAAAGACGUACAACGGAUAAAUAUUAUGAAAUUUAUCGUUCUUGUCUGAAAACAAUUGCUAUUGUUGCACGACGUUUUCAAUCUUUAAUAAAUAAUAACCAAACUUCAAUUCGUUGGUUAUUAUUGCGUACACAAGCUAUUGGUGAUGCUGGAGAAAAUAAUACAGUUAUUAAACUUGAAAUGCAAAAAUUACGAUCUCGUAUGAAAGAAAUUUAUCAUCGAAAAUUUAUUUGGAAUAAUACACAAUUAGGCAUUGAUGAAGUACAAGAAGUACUUGGUAAACUUGAAUCACCCGAUGAUCUUCUUUCAUUAUGGAAUGCAGCUUAUGAAGUAGCUAUACCUAUGCGAGAUUAUUAUUCAACAUUAAUUGCUAUACAAAAUCAACAGGCCAAACAGAACCGCUUAACUGAUAAAACUGAUUUAACAACAAAUAUCGAAGAACGUCGUAUCGUUGAACAAUUAUGGCAAGAAUUGAAACCACUACAUCGUCUAUUACAUGCUUAUGUAAGACAACAAAUGAGCAAACUAUAUCCUGAACUUAUCCAACUUGAUCAACCUAUUCCAAUUCAUUUAACAAAAGAUUUAUUUGGUUCAAUGAUGACUUAUCUUGUAAAAGAUAUUCUACCAUUUCCUUAUCUUAAAGGCAUUGAUUUAGGUCCUGCAAUGAAACAAGAAAAUUUUACUGAAGAAAAAAUUUUUCAUUAUGCCGACAGAUUUUUUGUUUCAUUAAAUUUAACACAAGUUCCAAAUAGUUUUUGGAAUUUAUCAAUAUUUAAAAAAAUUCCUAAUCGUCAUAUGGCUUGUCAUCCAACUGCUUUUGAUAUGUAUAAAUAUGAUGAUGUUAGAAUUCGUAUGUGUACAAGUUUAACAUCACGUGAUUUUUAUAUUGUUCAUCAUGAAAUGGGUCAUAUUCAACAUUAUUUACAAUAUAAAUCUUUACCAUUUUGGUUUCGUCGUUCACCACAUGGUGCAUUUAGUGAAGCUAUUGGUGAUGCAAUUGCAUUAGCUACAAUGUCACCAACACAUUUAAAACGUAUUGGUUUAUUGGAAAAUUAUACAUUGACGAGAGGUUAUUUGUUUUUUUUUUCAAAUAAAAAUUAAGAAAAUAUUUUAUUUUUUUUAUCAUAGAGGAUAAUAUAAACUAUCUAA